AUGGAAGGAGGUGAGGAAAGCAUUAGCUUUGUAGAUCAACAGUUCCUCAGCUCAAGGCCACUUGAUGAGGGAAACAUCCUGGAAUACUUUUCUGGAUCGCCUUUCUAUGACAAGUCGUGCAACAACGAGAUAUUGAGAAUGCAAACACAAUUCAGAGGAUUGGAGUACAACAAAGCCACACUUUCGACAAUGGCAGGGAUUUUCUAUGAAGUCAUGAGCGUCAACACAGAAAAAACACUAUUCAUUAUAUCCAAAACAUACAAUCACAUAACACAUGUAGAGAUGCUCGGCAUUUACUACAUAAUGCAUGGAUAUGUAUACUCAGCACCUACAAACUAUUCUAUCUACAGGAGCAGAAUGACAGACUCCAUGUGGAUGCUGAACUCUUUCGUAAUCAAGAUGAUGGAAAAGAAGAAAUUCAAUCCAUUUUCAAUACAGAGAAAAAAACAGAGCACAAGUAAAAUUGAAGAUAACAGUAACCUUGGAUUUAUGAUGGAUGUAUUCAAUGAGUUCAGAAAAAGUCUUGAGCCAAAAAGAUAG